UCGACGCCGCUUUUCCCGACAUCUGUCGUCGAAUCCUGUGGUCAGCACAUGGUGACGCAUAAUCUGGCACGACAACGAACAAACGGUCGCGCCAAUCAUCUGCUCCCAUGCGCUCAAACAUUUACGGACGUCAGACACCGGCGACACGCGCGGUGGCUCUCGUGCGCGCUCGACGGACCUGUCCGCCUCCGUGCCCCAGCGGCCCGGAUUCCGAGGCGCGAAGCCCACGGAUGCGCGACCCGGUGGGCGCGAUCCGCGCGGGGCAUCUGUGCAACGCCGCCCCGUGCGCAUAAGCUCGGCCGCGAGCCCGGGCAGGGAGGGUACCGAUGCGGAGGGUGACUGGGCAGGCCCGACAGACAAGGACGGGCGAGGCUUGCUGCGUGAGUGCGGCCGCGCGGCGCAACGCCUGAUGGAAUGAGCUGCCCCUGCUCCGCCUCCACCUCCGCCUCCUCCUCCGCCUGCCCAUGCGUCCCUCCCGCCUCCCGGCACAGCGCCCAGCGAUCUGUAGUAGGGCGCCUGCAGAAUUCAAACGUCCGUCCAUCUCGCACACUGAUCUCAAUCACCAGAUUCAAAUUCAAAGGCUUCAAACAUGCCUCCAGCGCACACCCGCGCGCCCCCCAAAAGGGCAACAGCCGACGGCGGCGCGAGGCUGGCGGGGCUGUCGAAUUCUGGACUGCGAGGGGAAUCGUGCAACGAUCCGAGAGGAACAAACAUCUGCAUAAACAUAACCUUGGGGACGUAUGGUCAGAUUUCUUGGAUCGGCACUGCCUCCCUGGCGCGCGGAACGCGCCAGCGGCGGUGCCAGAGGCGGCGCCAGAGGCGCCGCCAGGGAGGCCAGCGCCGCUCCGAGAACUCCGCGCGGACCGUCGACAAUGUAUGCUGAUGCAGUCCUUGCUCCUUCGACAUCAAUUCUUGGAAACACUCUUGGCGUUGGAUGGCAGCCACGUGCGAACCCUGCCCUGGGCGGCUCCCCCAGGGGCCGUAGGCGUCCCGAGGAGGAGGAGGAGGAGGAAGAGGAGGAGAGAAAGAGAUGGAGGAGGAAAAGGAGGAGGAGGAGGAGGAGACAGUGCUGGCUAGAGAAAGUGGCACGCGCGCUGGCCGCCGGAGGCCUAACCACAACAAGCGACUGCCUACGCUUGAUGCCUAGCUUCAGGCACUCCGCUUCUUCAGCCUUGAGGGCCUCAAAGGUGCUCUGGAGUAUCCGCAUGUGGACUGCGAAAGCUGUGUGCUCACUCUGCUGUAUGCGUGCGCGCGCAUUCUCGGGGAGGCGCGCCCAUGUGGCACCCUCCGCGGCAAGUUCAUCAGCUGUGGUGUCGCCGUGGACUAAGAGCCUUGGGGCACGGCCCUGUGCAAUGUCCUCGGCACUGAGGUGAGAGUGAGCGAAAAGGGCGGAGCAGGCAAGGAAACCGCGCUUCUCAAACGCGAGGCCAACCUGCCACCGGAGGUCAGCGUCUGGGCAUGCGGGUCUGAUCCACCUGCGCUCGGACCAUCCAUCGCGCACAUGAGAAGUAUCUGUGCUAUAACAGACUCGGCCACUUGACCGCCGAAGGCAUGUGAGUAGGCAGAACAACUCCCCUC